AUGUACAAACCAAACGAUACGCAGUCUGAUAGUCUCGUCUCAAUCCGAAGCACAAAAUAGAAGUAGAACAGAGAGAGAGAGAGAGAGAGGGAGGUGUAAAGCAACAAUGGCGGGGCAGCAAGGUGUGCAGAAGAACACACUCUACGUCGGAGGACUAGCGGAAGAGGUGAACGAGUCGAUUCUGCACGCGGCGUUCAUACCAUUCGGAGACAUCAAAGACGUGAAGACGCCGCUGGACCAGGCCACCCAAAAGCACCGCUCCUUCGGCUUCGUCACCUUCCUCGAGCGCGAGGACGCCGCCACCGCCAUGGACAACAUGGACGGCGCCGAGCUCUACGGCCGCGUCCUCACCGUCAACUACGCCCUUCCUGAGCGCAUCAAGGGUGGCGAGCAGGGUUGGGCAGCCCAGCCCAUUUGGGCGGAUGCGGACACCUGGUUUGAGAGGCAGCAACAAGAGGAGGAAAUGCAGCGUAUGCAGGCGGAGAACCGAGCGGCGAUGCAGGCAGCUGAGGAGUUGCACAGGAAGAAAAUGGCUCAAGAGCGAGAAGGGGAGAAAGAAGACGAAGGAGAUGAUCCCAUGGCCAGGGCUGAAGCAGAGAUUUUGAAACAGAACAAUGAUAGCUAGCUAGGCUCACAGCCGUUUGACAUUCUACGAUUCCUUUGAACUGAAUGGAAAUUGUUUCGUGGUUAACUUCCUGCUUCACAGAGUGGAUUGUCUAUAAUUCAAGUUUGAAGCAGUUUUAGUAUAUCCCUUGAUCUUCUUUUUUGUCCCUUGAUAUUUCAGUAAUAGAAACAUGUUGAACUAAACAGGUGCUUGAUGUAGAUUGAAGAUAAAUAACUCUCAUAUGGCCAGAUUUGAAAUUGGCUUUCUAUCAUCUACUUUUAUACUUUUGCUAC